CUCCCUCCUUCCCCACCUCCGCCCUCCUCCUGCUGACGUCUGGCUCUGCCCGGCUGAAAACUCGGUGCCGCGGCGGAUGCGGCGGCUCUCGGGAGCGCGGCGGCGGCAGCAGCAGCGAAGAUGGUGGCGGCUCCGUGCGCCCGGCGGCUGGCGCGGCGCUCCCGCUCGGCGCUGGUGGCGGCGCUCACCGUGCUGCUCCUGCAGACCCUCCUCGUCUGGAAUUUCUCCUCCCUCGACGCCGGCGAGGAGCAGCGCGGCGGCCGCGAGAAGCGAGACCGCGGCGGAGAGCAGCGAGGGCAGCCGCAGCGGCGCGGACCCGCCGCCCCGCACGGCAAGGCGCUGGAUGGCUAUUUUUCCCACCGACCGAAAGAGAAAAUGCGAACAGACAGCAAUAAUGAAAAUUCUGUCCCCAAGGACUUUGAAACUAUUGAUAACAGUAACUUUGCUCCCAGGACUCAGAGACAAAAACACCAGACUGAGCUGGUGAAAAAACCCCUUAGCAAACAAAAGGAGCACUUGAGAAAGAAGCUGGAAGAGGAGAAGAUGAAGGAGAACUUGCUGCUGGGGAAGAACUCCAACGAGGUGGUGCAGUUCAGCAAUCCCCUGGGAAAAAACAGCAGCAACAGCAACAACCUGAAGGACGUUGACAGGUUUCCCACAGAGCAGCUUAUACAGAAGCUUGAGAUGAGCUCCCCUGAGCUGAAAUACGACCAGCCCCCCAAGUGUGAGGUGACGGGCAAGGAGGCCAUCUCGGCCAUGUCCCGCGCCAAGUCCCAGCAGUGCCGCCAGGAGAUCGCGGACGUGUACUGCCAGCACAAGCUGGGCAAGCUGAUGCCGGAGCAGGUGACGCGCUUCUGUGCCCUGGAGGGAAAAGCCAACAACAAUGUUCAGUGGGAUGAGGACUCCGUAGAGUACAUGCCAGCCAACCCAGUCAGGAUCGCAUUUGUCUUGGUUGUUCAUGGCAGAGCUUCCCGGCAGCUCCAGCGCAUGUUUAAGGCUAUUUACCAUAAAGACCAUUUUUAUUACAUUCAUGUUGACAAGCGAUCCAAUUACUUGCACCGGCAAGUGCUGCAGUUUGCCAGCCAGUACCCAAACGUGAGAGUGACCUCCUGGAGAAUGGCCACCAUCUGGGGAGGAGCAAGCCUUCUGACCACCUACCUGCAGACCAUGAAGGACCUAAUGGAGAUGAGUGACUGGCCCUGGGAUUUCUUCAUCAACCUCAGUGCUGCUGACUACCCUAUCAGGACAAAUGAUCAACUCGUGGCAUUCCUGUCCAGAUACCGAGACAUGAACUUCUUGAAAUCCCAUGGCAGGGACAAUGCAAGGUUUAUCAGAAAGCAGGGGCUGGACCGGCUGUUCCUGGAGUGCGACACGCACAUGUGGCGCCUGGGGGACCGCAAGAUCCCAGAAGGAAUCACCGUGGAUGGGGGCUCGGACUGGUUCCUCCUCAACAGGAAGUUUGUGGAAUAUGUCACUUUUUCCAAUGAUGACCUGGUGACAAAGAUGAAGAGGUUUUACUCCUACACGCUGCUUCCUGCCGAGUCCUUCUUUCACACCGUGCUGGAGAACAGCCCGUUCUGUGACUCCAUGGUGGACAACAACCUGCGCAUCACCAACUGGAACAGGAAGCUGGGCUGCAAGUGCCAGUACAAGCACAUCGUUGACUGGUGUGGCUGCUCACCCAAUGACUUCAAACCAGCAGACUUCCACCGCUUCCAGCAGACUGCCAGGCCGACUUUCUUUGCCCGCAAGUUUGAGGCGGUGGUGAACCAGGAGAUCAUUGGGCAGCUGGACUAUUUCCUGUACGGGAAUUACCCCCCGGGCACGCCGGGGCUGCGCUCCUACUGGGAGAAUGUGUACGAGGAGCCCGACGGGCCGGGCGCCCUCAGCGACGUGGCCCUCACCAUGUUCCACUCCUUCUCCCGCCUGGGCCUGCGCAGGGCCGAGAGCUCCUUCCACGCUGCUGGGGACAACAGCUGCAGAUACUACCCCAUGGGCCAUCCAGUUUCCAUCCACCUUUACUUCCUUGCUGACCGUUUCCAAGGCUUCCUGAUCAGGCACCACGCAACCAACCUGGCUGUCAGUAAACUGGAAACUUUGGAAACCUGGGUGAUGCCUAAGAAAGUCUUCAAGAUUGCAAGUCCACCGAGUGAUUUUGGGAGGCUGCAGUUCACAGAGAUUGGCACUGAGUGGGAUGCCAAGGAAAGGCUUUUCAGGAAUUUUGGAGGACUCCUUGGGCCAACAGAUGAGCCAGUGGGGAUGCAGAAGUGGGGGAAAGGCCCCAAUGUCACCGUGACUGUCAUUUGGGUGGAUCCCAUCAAUGUAAUUGCAGCAACAUAUGAUAUUCUUAUUGAAUCCAGUGCUGAGUUUACUCACUACAAACCACCUCUGAAUUUGCCCCUGCGACCUGGUGUCUGGACAAUAAAAAUUCUGCACCACUGGGUACAGGUAGCUGAAACCAAAUUCCUCGUUACUCCUCUCACCUUCUCAAAUCAGCAGCCUAUCAAACUAGAGGAAGCCAUCAAGCUGCACAGCGGGCCUCCAAAGAACGCGUACAUGGAGCAGAGCUUCCAGGGCCUGAACCCGGUGCUGAACCUCCCGGUGAGCGCCGCCCGCGCCGACCAGGCCCAGCGCAACGCGGGGCUCGUGGGCGCCCGCCUGGACGCCUGGGUGGACUCGCUGGUCAGCGGCGUGUGGUCGGCCGUGGACGUGUGCAGCGUGGGCCCCUCGGCCUGCCCCGUGCUGCAGGGCUGUGCCCAGACCGCCUGGAGCUCCCUCAGCCCCGACCCCAAGUCCGAGCUGGGCCCCGUCAAACCCGACGGCCGCCUGAGGUAGCGUCCGCUGCGCUUCGCCCCGGCGUAGGUUUUUAAAAGGGAAUUGAACCUUGCUUCUCUGUGAAUCUCACACCAGGUCUCAGAAACCUAAGGGGAAGUUACAUUUCUUUUGUUACUUGUUGUAAUAGAAUUCAUUUUAAGAAAGCAAAACCAAAACAAACAAAAAAAAAAGUUCUGAAGUUCUGACAAGGCCUUUGGCACUGCCCUCUCCAUCAGCUCUGUUGGGAGCCUGUGCUGUCCCAUUCCAGGCGCCACUGCACCCACCAGCCCGUGGGCUUGGAAACAGCAGCACCAAGCCAUGGGGAGAGCAGUGAAGGAGCAGCUGCUAAAGGGGUUUUUUUAAAGUAAAUUUGUCCGUGCCUCUGCUGUUUCAUAGGCUUUCAUUAUUUUGCUAUAAUGAAUAAAUCACAUCAAAAUUCCCUUCUACUUACACUUUCUGGGGAGGUUGGUAACUGCAGGCUGAAGCCUGUAUGGCCACAUGACCUCAGAGAAUGUGAAGUAAUUAUGGUACAGCCUCACUUGGGUUUUUAAUAACACAAAGUAAUUCUGGACAUAGCUGAUGUCUGUUAUCCUAGUUAGAGAGAACGAGCAAAAGCAGAAACUUUCAGAUUCCUUUCAGAGAUUUUUUCAAACAAAUUUAAUGAUAAACUCUAAAUGAAACCAGUGUUUUGCUAUAGUAGUCUUUUAUGUCUCAUGCAGUCGGGUUCAGGGUCAGUGUACUAAAAGUAUUUAUUAAAGAACAAAGAAGUUUUUUGAAUUUCAGCCCUUUCAAAUCUGCAGGCAUUUUUGGAAGCAACCAGUAUCUGAGUAUUUUCACAGGCCGCCAGUAGAGCAGGUGUGCGUGUAUAGGCUGGGGUGGGUUGUGAUGUGUCUGCUCACACCCUUUGCUCAUGAGCUGAGCUGAGUUUCUUCUCAGGCAGUGGAGUUGUAAACCAGUAAAAUAGUAAAAUUGGGACCUAAAUCAGCAACAACAGGUUUCUUCCCUAAUUUGAGUAGUGGCUAGUAAGUCUUAACACUAAUUCCCUUCCUUGGUCUCAGAUCUCCAUCUCUUCCUAAAGAAGGAUCCUUCCAGGCUUUGCCAGGGCACCUGGAAGGCUGUGCAGGAUGUGGGUCGCUGCCCAAAGCCAGGGGAAGGAGAACAAUGCCAUGUUUCUCCAUGCUUUUACUUUAUUCUGUCAACAAUCUACCCUUGCCUGUCUUCAGAAUUCCUAGCAGGCUGCAUCCUGUUUUAAAUAGUCAUGUUUUUGCAUCAUUUCAACCUGCAUUUUCUACAGGAGGGAAAAAUUAAUUUACAUUCCAAUAACUUUUUGAAAUACAGGUUUUAUAUACAAAUUCAUCUCCAACUAAUGUGUUUUACAUUAGCAAAAACAUGCACUUUGUUGCUGUUGCUGUGUUAAUCUCUAGUUAGCAACAGAACCAAAAAAGACCAUCAAAAGCCAUUGGGUUAAUUAGGAAAGAAGUCCUGUUGCUGUAAUAAAGGAAGGUGUCUGUUCACCCUUCUGUGUUGCGUGGAUAACUUUCUGCUGAGAGUGAAAUGUCCACAUCAGGAGGGAAACAGACCCUUAGAUCAUUCCAUAAUCAUGUCUCACAGGAAGGUUGAAUUCCCUUUUAAACAACACUUGCAGUAGGACUGUAACACACAGAUCCCCGUGGCUUGAGGUAUCUCUGUCGUCUUGGUUUAAAGCUACUUCAGUUUGCUUUGGACUUGAAAUUGUGGUGUCAGCUGUGCUGGCAUUAAGGCAGAGCAUUGAAAUGUUUAUCUGGCACAAAAAUGGAUGCAUAGAAGGAACAAUUUAGGUAUUUAUUAUUUAUGUUUUAGUCAAUGACUAAUUAGUAGGUGCUGCUUUUGCAGCUUGAAGAUUAUGUUAUUUUACUAACUGAAGCUGCCUUUAUUAAGAAAAGGCCUUCCUCCCCUCACACCUCCCUUUCUUUUUUUGUCUUGAUUUUGUCAGUCACGAGCAGUAGCUUUGGGAAAGUUUGUAGCAAUGAGAGCUGAUUGGAAUAUUCCAGUCAAGAUAAUGUUCCAGCUUUUCAACCAGCUCUAGAGGCAAGUGUGUGUGAAACCAGGGUUGCCAACAGGUUUAUGUAAUAGAAUCACAGUGUUAUUACUUAUUCAGUAGGGGUUUUUAACAGUGCUUUUUUUUAAUGUAACAUUCCUUUGUGAAGUUCAUAUUUUCUGGGGACCUCCAAUCCUCACUGUGAAAUCCAGGGCUUUAUGCACACUGAUGCAAUGGUGACUGCACGGUCCAAGCCCUGCAGAUUAAAUGAAGAAGGUCACAUUUAAGGCACACAAUAAAAUCCAUUAACAAGCCCAGGCAGUGCUUGUUCUCAGUAAGACUCCUGAGGUAGCCACAAAAUCUUCAGUCUGUCUUGCACAUAAGCACAUGUGUAGGGGUGCACCCACGCACACGCAUGCAGAUAACUUCGUUUUUAAAUCUGAUGUUUUUAUUCUUAAGCAGGAAUGUUUUUAAGUGCUUUUUUUUGUAAGUUUUCAUUAACUAGACCAAGCAGAAGGUGACAACAAUCACAUCUUCUGCAGUUAGGAAAAAAGCUGCCACUUUUAUCAUUUGAAAAAUAAGGUGCAAAUUAUUUUGUUUUAGUACAAAAAAGGGAAAGAAAACAGAUGGUUGCUGAUAUAUCCAUUUGCAUUAUAUGCUAGGUUUAAAAUAUCUCAAAGAAAAUUUAUAUGAGAUUAUUUUCUGAAAGGCAAGAAGCAUUUAAACAGUGAAGUUUUGUAGCAAGCUGGCAAUCCCAGUGCUAUUGAUAAAAUAUAGGAUGUGGAGCUGAAGGGGUUGAUCCUGCAGUCCUUUCUCAGGCAAAACUUCCAGAGUGCUAGUGCUAAAAGAGGAUUUCAGAGUCAAAUCCAGCAUAAAUAAAGGGUAUGACAGUAUUCUAGGGGUAAAUGCUGUCUGUUUGAAGUCAUCAAAAGAUAAGCUGCCAUGUUUGGAACAUCUUCUAGGGGCAGUGUCAAGUUUUGGACCUAAACAGCCACCUCGACUAUAGCUGUUAUCAUGCAGACAUGGAUCCAAAAGAUAUAUAUGAGACUCAGUUUCUGAGCUCCAAAGCCCAGUAGUUGUGAAUAAAAUCAUAUAAAGCCAGACUCUGCAUCAGGGAUCAGAGCUGGCUCCAAGGUGAUGCUGUUAAGCCCAACUUAGUCCUGCUUGGUGGCUUCUCUGGUUUGAAAUGGCAGCACUGGGAGCCUGGGAAGAACAUUGUCAGUGGUCAGGAGAGAAUAACUUCACAGAUCUUACAUUUGGUGAAAAGGAGAAUUCAGAGCAGGGCCCCACAGCUGGUACAAAACACAAGAGUUAUGCAUCUUCACCUGAAUGUGCAGGUGUUCUUUUCCAGUCACACUGGCCAGUCCUUGCUGAACAGGAUCCAGCUGGAAGCCUGCUUUGAUCAAAAUUCUUUUCAGUGGGGAGGGGUUUCUAUUUCCAUAUGCACAAAUUUAUCCUCUGUGUGUAAUGUUUAAAUUCCCUGCCCAUUCUGCAUGACAGCCAUGUAACACUCCUGUGAUCAAUCUGUAUUACACAGAAAGGGAGUGUGGCAAAAUGCAGAACAUCUACAUAUGUGAUUUAAUGAGUUAUGUCCAAAGUCAGGCUCAGCAUUAUGCAAACCUGUUUAUAUGGUAAUGUUAAACCCCAAGGCUAAAGGAAAUAGCUCAAAUGACAGUUUAUUUUCACAUUUGUCCAAUUCCUUCUUUGAUGACAUUUGGACAUUGAGUAGUAAUAUUUGCAUUUUCAUUUUCUGAUAUUCAAGGGGUUUUUUUUAGAAUUGAAAUUAUGUCUUCAUUUUUUGUGCUCUCAGCAAGCAGAGAAUUUUAACAAUUCCUUCAUGAUAGCAAGUGUUAUACAAGAAAGUCCCUCUCUAUCUCUGUUGUUAAGCCUUCAUUAUUGCUAAGCCUAGAGAUACAGGAAUGUGCAUUCGUGUGUUACAAAUUGACUUUCCUGGGUACUGGCUUCAGUGCACAAUGCCUGUACAGUUGUUUAAUGGUGUAUUAACAGUGAUCCUGCAGCACCUUCAAAAGUACCACCUAAUGUGCAUUCACUUUCCCUCCAUCUCCUGCAGCACUAAUUGCCUUCCUAAUGAGGCCUCCAUCACUCUUAGCCAUGAUUGUAGUGAGCACAGUAGUGAAGUCAGUGAAUCAGAACAGGGAUCGUGUAAACCUGACCUAAGGGAGAGAGAAAUGGUAGAGAAGAUGCUGAAACUUUGCAAAAGUUUGACACAAUUGCUUUGCAAAAAACCUUUAAACAAACUGGGCUCCUUCUGCACAGCAAGGCUAAAAACCAUUGAUGCCCUGAGAUCUCAGCUUCGAUAAACAAGAUAGACAAGAUCCAGAUCGACAAGAUCCAGAUGUUUCUUGUGGCCCAGCAAUGAGGACCAGCUUCCUGUUGAUUUCUCUAGUUCUCUUUCAUCAGAGCAUCAGAGAAUUGCCAUCUUGCCACUGGCUAACACACCCUCCUUGUUGUCUUCCCGGCUCCCAAAGCUUCAGGAGUUGGCCACAUGAAACCUUGGCCAACUCCAGCACUUUCCAUAGAGCAGGAAGUUUUAUACUUGACUGAUCUAAAUCCCUUAGGCUCUUCAGAAACCCAGCUGCAGAUGAGGAAAGCUGGCUUUUCAGAGCAGCCUUUGGUCAGUUCAGUACUUGCACACAGGAAGGAGUUGGUGGAAGCCAGCAGUUACCUUGUCCUGAUUUUCAGGCCUGAGAAUCUGAUAUAUGUAAAAGAAGACUUGGUUAUUUGAUAUUUCAAUAAGAGAAUGAGACAGACCUGGUGGGACAUGGUUGGCAGCCUUUCUCAUUGGCCUUUGCUUCAGUCCAGUUGUGAAAAGAUAAUGAUCCAUAAUUUGUCUUUAUUUCUACCAUUCAAGACCUCCACUGUAGUCUUAAGGAUUAGUAGGACUUAAGCCCAUAUUAAAUGACAAUUGAAAACAAUUUGAAAAAAUGAAAAAUUCAUGUAAAAAAGACUAUCCAAACCAAACCCUCAGCCUUCUGCCAAGGCAGCUCCAGGGAUGAUGCUGACAGAGAGGGUAGGGAGUGAUGCAGUGUUAGAGGACAGAGCACUGCCCUUCCAGAGGCCCAGGAGGAGUUCCUGAGAGCAGGAAUACCUGCUGCUCAGCCCUGAGGGCAGCUGCUGCUGCAGCCAGGCACAGAGGAGCCAAAGAAAUGUGAAUUGGGAUUGAGGACAGCAAGGAAGAAUUUGUAGGACAGCACAUUUUCCUGCAGAAUCUUCAAAGGCAAGCAAACCCUCUGAUUUGUAAUUCCCCACGAAGGUGUAUUGAAGAAGAGGUUGACCUUCAAAACCUUCAUCAUCACAGUAAGGGAAAGAAUAAUCAGGCUGAGAGCAUUUAAAAUUGAGCUACAAGGCCUUACAGCCUGUGCUGCCCAGGACCAGGGCAGCAUUAGGGUGUCUCAGUUUGGUGUGGCGUUGGGAGCAGUUGCCCUCAUGAUGUGACACUGCAGGACCACGUUGAUUCUGUUCCUUCUUACUAACAGUAGUGUGUUGAUCACUCUGCUCUUUGCUUCUGCCUUGGUUACCUUCUUUUGCUCAUGGGUGCUACCACAGCUGCUACCUCACUGUGUCUGCAAACACAUUUACCUGAGAACAACAAAAAAGGUACCAGAAAUCUCCUUGAACUGAAUGUACAAUCUAUGCAAAUUCUCUUUCUACUUUGUUACAACCUAGAAGUAUUACUUGUAACCUUGCCAAAUAAACAGCAAGAUACUGUACAGGUGCCUCUGAUACCAGAGUGAGAUUCUAGGCGCGGUUCAUGGCGCUGCAUUUGUAUAUUGUAAUGACUCGGCUUGUCUUUGGUUCUGUUGUAAUUAACACCCUUGACUGAGACAAUAGCACUCCUGCUAAGGGAGCACCUUCAGUUUGCUGGGAAUAUUCCAGAGGAGGAUGUCUAUGGCAUUUCUUUUUUUUUUCCUGCUUAGAUCCAAAAAAAGGCACAGACCUGCUGGCCAAAACUAGGGUGUUGUUUCAGCUUUUCUGUGGAUGAAUCCUAUCAGCUUUGGAUUGCUCGGUGUCUGUUUCCAUUGUGGCAUCCAGUGUGUUGCCCCUUAAAGAAAGCCUUACUUCCAUCCUUUCUAAAUGUGGCCUUAAACUGUGUUAGGAACUUUGGUGUUGUCUGUGUCUUGCUCACUUUCUCUGUUUGUUGCGGAAUGAAUAAAAGGCACCUUGAGAUUUCUAUUACAGCUCAGUUGUGUUGCUGUCAGCUUACACUUCACAAAUACAAUGGAAAUUGCUUACAAAUGCAGUCUUUAAGGAAAGAAAAUGACCUUCCCUUCGGGCAAAAGGAAGACUCAGAUGUUCAUAUAAACCUUAGGAAAUUAUGAGCUCUGUUUCUUGCAAGUCACUGUAGAUAAGGAACUUGGUUUAAUUACAUACAAAGUACAAACUUAGUAACUUCUAAUUUAUCUUCAGACUACAACAGGACAGGCUGCUCUCAGUUGCACAAUACAAAUUGUAGAGUAAUUUCACUCAUUUUAACAUGCUGUAGUAGCAUUCCUCUCAGAUUUGUACUGGUAGCUGGGAGAAGAAAUAUCCUCUUAAUGGUAUGGUCUUAAAAUCUGAAGAAUGUCACCACAUAGGGCCAGAUUUUGGGUGUUGGUUGGGAAUCUAACAGUACAUUUAGAACAUGGUUGUUUUGUCAUAAAUGCUUUUGCAAAAAUCUGGCAUUUGGAGUUUCUUUCAAAGGUUGUCAAAGUCAGCAGAAAGCAAUGACUUCUGCUAAGGCUUGUAUAUGUUGGGUUUCUUUAAUACUUUCCUCCAUGAGAACUGUAAUGUUUCAGUGAGUAGCACCAAUAUUCCCGGCAGGCUGCAGUGCUUUUAGGAAUCCCACAUCCUGUCCUAUGUUGGUAUUCAUAUGUGGAUACAACCCAAAGGCAACUGAAAAGGGUUUACAUAUAAAACAAGAUUUGUGAAACUAAAACAAUUAGUUCAAUGUAAUGAAAUUAUUUUUCUGACUUUGUCCUUUUGGUUCUGUUUUGAUUUGAUUGGAUUUUUCUAUUGCCUAACAUAGUCCAUAAUAAGUUAUUCCUAUUCUGUCAUUUUCAAAGACUGGUGGUAAUAUAGUUUUAAGAAAUAACUAUUUUGUUAUAGAUCAUAAUAUGCAUAAAAUUGUACAGAAAUAUUUUGUAAUCUAUUGAAUAAGAAAAAAGAAAACCAUGUAUAUACAGGGAAAAAAAAGUUUAAAAAAAUUGGAAAUUCAAAUGGAACACACUGAAAGAUGUAGAUAUUUUGCUAUUUAUUUAAAGGAGUAUUUUAUGAGAUAUUGACAUGUCUUAAAUUGACCAGUAAUCAAAGUUCAAAGUCAGAAUGCUUUUCUUGUAGUAGAAUGUGAUUUUCAGCAAUUAUUGCACUACCCGUUUUUGCACCCUUUUGUCUUUCAUUUAGCAGAAACAAUGUGCCUUAGCUGUAUUCUUUGUCAAUGGGAGUUUGGUUGUUUGUCCGACAAAGCAAAUUUUUUUGCAGAAAAAGAAAUGGAUGUAUGAAAUACUGUAUUAUACCAAAAACACUGCAGUGUAUAUAAUGCUUUCUGUCAUACGGUGUUUUCAGAUGCAGAGUUUUAAAUAAAAAAAAAAAGGCUGUCUUUAGCAUGUGCA